UUUCCCAGUAGACAUUUUUAGAUUAGUCAAUUUGAGAAUUCCCAUUUGUUUCUUAAAUUUGUAGAAAGAUUUGAUCAUAUCCAGGCACUGUAUUUACUUACAUGAAAACGUUGACGAGGAGCGGAGAAAAAGACGACUUUUUAAUUCAUCUUUUUGGAAAGAAAACCCGGAUUUAGACGAAGAUUAAACAAAGUUUCUAUUUUUCAGAUAAAUUUCCCCUGAGAAUGGAUCCUGAAUGGAAAGUUACUCAGGAGGAUCUUCAUAAAUAUCUUGAUGUACUCCUUGUCCUGGUGAAAGAGUGUGGAGACAUAAUAUCUGAUGCUAUCACUAAACGUGUUAAUGUUGAGAUAGAUGAGAAGGUUGAGAAUGUGGGAGAAGGGAACAGCAGCGCUAUUCUUACUGAAACAGAUCUGAAGGUUGAGAAGCAUCUGAUCAAUGGGCUGAAGGCAAAGUUUAGUGAUCACCAGUUUAUCGGAGAGGAAUCCUCAGGAGAUGAUAAAGUUGGAAGGGAGCUGGGAAAUGCUCCAACCUGGAUAAUUGAUCCCAUUGAUGGAACCAUGAACUUUGUCCAUUCUAAUCCUCUAGUUUGUACUUCCAUAGGUUUAACCGUGAACAAAAAGCUGAUGAUUGGUGUCGUGAACUGUCCCUUGAUUGGGAAACUGUACUCUGCUGUACGAGGAGAAGGAGCUUACUGCAACGGGAACCGGAUCCGGGUCAGCAAAGCGUCUGAUAUAUCUAAAGCUAUGAUAAUCAUGGAACUCCCUGCUGGAGCAAACAAGGACAAGAAAUCUGUGGCUCUCAGUAACCUGGAGUAUAUACUGGAGAACGCUCAUGCUGCCAGGGCUCCAGGACCAGCAGCUCUGGAUAUAGCGUGGGUAGGAUCAGGAUCCGCGGACGGAUUCUUUCAUCAAGGAAUACAUUCCUGGGAUAUGGCAGCAGGAGCUCUCAUUGUAAAGGAGGCAGGAGGAACUGUAAUGUCUCCUAAUGGAGGAGAGUUUGACUUGAUGUCUCGUGGUAUUAUUGUAGCUUCUAGUAGGACCCUAGCAGAGCAGAUAUCAGGAUUUAUCAAGAUCUAUUCAACACCUAGAGAUCAGGAUACUCCCUGCUAUCCUUUCUAAACCCAGAUAUCUGGAUUUAUCAAGAUCUAUUCAACACCUAGAGAUCAGGAUACAACACCUUGAGACUUAAAAGACGUUAAAUACCUUUAAGUAUUCGUUUUCAUGCUGUCUCGACUAUAAUUUUUAAUGUGUUUUUUUCAAGAGAGAUAAGUAAUUCACCAGGACUUUAGAGAAUAGUUCUUUUUGGCUUUUGCGUUAUUGUUAUCUGAAAUUCUUAAUCCAUGCUCUCUGCAGGGACGGAGAACUGUUUUAUACGACGUAAAGAUUUCUGUUUACUUAAUACCAGAAACAUUUUAGUUAUUUUGUUAAAAUACUCUGAUGUUAAUGUUAUUUCUGUGAUACUUAGAUUUAAAAAAAAUAAUAUUUUUGUUUUAUUUUGUGAUACCUAACCUAAAAUAGUUUUAUAAUGUUAAUAUGAUAGUUGUUUUAGUUCAA